GUACUUGAGUAUUUGCAAAAAGGCGAUAUACAUUCUAAAUCUUUUAUCUUUGUGUUAAUCUUAUAAUCAAUUAAAUUUUGUUAUGAGCACCUUAGCAUUUUUUACGCCCGCAGAGGAGGUCAUACAGCGCGAAGCAGACUUGGAUAAGGAUGAAAUCACACCACCAUUUGAGCAGAUUUGGAGUGCAACAUUGCUGAAAAUAUGUUGGGGCUGGAUACGCCAUAAUGGCUAUAAGAGGGUUUGCUUACAAUUUCCCGACCAUUACUUGCCGCAUAGUAAUGAGAUAAGUGAUAGUCUGAAGGCUCUAUUCAAACCUGAGGGUGCAACGACAGACAUUAAAUUCUUUGUACUGGCUGAUACUUCCUAUGGGAGCUGUUGUGUGGAUGAAAUCGCAGCUGGGCACGUAGAAGCAGAUAGCUUAAUACAUUUUGGUAACGCUUGUCGUAGCAGAGUUUCUCGUCUACCAGUGCUUUAUAUGUAUCCGCAUUAUCCUUUUGACAUCCAAAAUUUUAUCGACAGGCUAACCACAAUAGCCGAGUCUGUUAAUAGCAAGGUUUUAUAUAUUUACUUAGAUAUAGGUUAUCAUCAUUUAUUGGACAAACGUGUUGACGAAGCUGACGAGGAUUCACUAUGCUAUAAGCUUAAGGAGAAACUAUUGUGUAAAGAUUUGUUUGUGGAAGCCUAUCCACCAGCGGAAGAUGCUAUUGAACAAAAACUCACCAGUGACCCAAUUUGCCUUUUCAUAGGCACUGAAAAUGCAAGAUUUUCAAAUCUGUCCCUCACCACUAAGGCUUCGCAAUGGUUCAUCUACGAUCCUUUAAAAAUCAGUUUGUAUGAAAAGAACCCAUUAACUGCCCAAUAUAUGCGUCGUCGUUAUUAUUAUAUUGAAAAAUGCAAAGAUGCUCAAACACUAGGCUUAAUUGUAGCUACUCUCACUGCUGAAGGUUAUUUGAAAAUCGUUUCACAUUUGCAGGAAAUGGCUAAAGCACGUGGCAUAAAGACGCAAAUUAUAUCAGUUGGUCGCAUUAAUCCAGCAAAAUUAGCCAACUUCUUGGAGAUAGACUGUUUCGUGCUGAUAGGAUGUCCUUUUAAUAACGUAUACAAUUCCAAGGACUACUAUAAACCCAUCGUUUCGGUGUUUGAAGCAGAAAUGGCACUUAAUCCCGCAUGGCAUAUGAAAUAUCCCGACACAUAUGUUACCGAUUUUAAAAAACUACUGCCUGAAGGAGAGAAAUUUUUAGCUUUUAUUCCCGCAGAUAGUCAGGAACAAGAUGUUAGUCUAGUUAGCGGGCGUGUGCGGGCUAACAAUGCUGGUGGUAUAGAGGAAGAAGGAGCAGCAGCAGAUGCACUGAGUGAACAACAGCAGGCAUUAGUAGGAAAAGGAAAAAUGGAAGUGAUGACCACAAACACAGGUCUUACUUUUGAAGAUCGUACAUGGAAAGGUCUCGAUCCAGCUCUGGGCUGUACGGAACCAGCGAAGUUAGAAAAAGGACUUAGUGGCAUACCAACCAAUUACACACAUGAAUAAUACUUUUAACUUUUUCCAUACAUUCUAUAGUAUAAUUAAGCAAUUGUAUAUUCUUAUGGGUAUUUGUAAUAGAAUAAAUUUUCUUUAUAGAACGUUAA